ACGCCCUUUCUCGCAUUUCCCGCACGCACUAGUUCGCGUCACGCCGUCAGAGGAGUCCAGCAUGGACCUGGAGGCGCAGAUCGAGGAGAUCGCGUCAUCGGCCAAAUUCGGAGACCUGAUAGAGUUCUCGUAUCCGAUUGGCUACUCGCACUGGGGCGUGUACGACGAGGACGGUCAUGUGAUCCACUUUGCUGUGGCAGAUGAGGGCCAGUUGAUGAACCAACUCCGCACCUCUCUCCAGUCCCUGUUCCCGCUGUGCGGCGACCUGCUGCUGGGCGCCACCCGCAUCCGCCGGGUGCCGCUGGGCGAGGUCACGGUCCCCAGCGGCGUCCACAUUCUGAUCAGCAACAACCGGCACGCUUUCACCCCGUCCUCGCCCGAGGAGAUGAGGCGACGACGCGAUGCUCUGGAGAAAAAGGAACUCACCUACAAUCUCUUCUCGCUCAACUGCGAACACUUCGCCACAUUCGUGCGAUACGGGAAAGCUGUCUGCAACCAGAUUCCGACCAAACCCAAAAACGUGGAGACCACGUCAGCCACCAAAACCUUCCAGGACAUAGUUGACGCCAAAGCGACCAAUGAAGACCCUUUAUAAUUACACACACACACACAUACACACGCUGAACUCAUAAACUUGUCUGAAGUUCCGUAAAUAAUAAUAAUAAUAACAAUAAAUCUUAUGACUUUUUAAAAAAAAAAAUUUGAUCCCUUUCAUAAUUGGUAGAGUGGCUACCACCAGAUCCAGCAAGCUUCUGCUUUUUAAUGGUCAUUACUGGCAGCUGCAGGACUGGAGUGGAACACAUGACAUUUCGUCUUGUCUGGCCUUGCCAGAGGUUCUUGUACAUUUUUUAUUUUUAGAUUUUUUUUUUUAUGCCUCAAAGGAGUGUGCACUUCCCGGCCAAAAUUCCCCCAUCAUCAUGGACAUCAUCCACUCUUAUUUUAUGGUUACUAUACUGUUCCCACAACAACACAACAUUGGCGCAGCAAAACAAAACAAAACUGGAUCGGAUCCAAAUCAUUUCAGUAAAGACGGCAACUUAUCCAGCUCCAGACUUCCAUCCCGACCAACAGUUCCAGUGUCGCUUCUGCGCCUUCCAUGAUGCCCAAACAGCCCUCAUCAGGAUCACCAAUGACUUCCACUGGUUCAGGUCUUACCAGCCUGGCCGCACCCGGUUAAUCAGAUCAGAUCCCCAGCUUCUUCGGGUGUCCCCCAGGGCUCCGUCUUGGCCCCCCUCUUUUUUUUUUUUUAAUCACAUUCACCAUACCUCUUACCAACAUUUUCCUCAAAUUCAACAUUCACCGUUAAGGGGAGGAAACCCAGCUCCACCCCUCCACCAAACCGACCCCCACUCCUCUUGCUUCCUCGCUUACUGACUGCUGAAACACUGAUCUCAAACACUGGUUCUCAUGCAACUUUAUCAAUCAAGCCCAUGUUAGCCCAAAUUAAACAUUUUCCCCUUAAUCUUGAUAAUUCCUCUGUUUCCCCCUCCCCUCUGGCUACGAGUCCUCGACGGCAUUCUCAACUUCCAAUCCUACUUAAACAUCACCCAGUCUUUGCAUGCUUUCGCUCACAAAACAAUCACCCCCACACUGCUGCUGUCCUUGUUCACUUCCUGGCUGGAUAAUUGCAACCCUCACAAUUUUGAUUCUCCCCUACCUCUCCCCAACAAAAACUGCACCUUCUCCAGAACUCUGCUGCCCCCCUCCCUCCACUUCCCACCUCAAUCCAUCCCUGCAACAACGAGCUAGCUCCUUGUCCAAUACAGCGUCAGCAAAUAGUGAUUUGCACCUUCAAGGGCACCAAUGACCCCCCCCCCCAAUGUCUUGCUGACCCCUUUCACGUUGCUAUACACUCCCGCUCUCUCACAUCUUUGUCCUUCAUCCAACUUACCGUCCCUCUUCAAACAUUUCCAAUAUCAUUUGCAUUUUUGAUUUUGAUUGUAUUGGUUCAUUUCUUUUAACUAUGUUUGUAUGGUGCCGUUGAGUGGCUUGAAAGGUGGCUAUGAAUAAAAUGUUAUUAUUAAAUGCUA